UUCAAAGUCGGAUAGAUUUUUUUACCAAUUGGCGGUCAUGUUGGCGGUAAAAAUUUUACAGUGAAAGUGAUUGGAGUAAGUUGUUGUUUAAACAAUUACCGCGCCAAAGAUGUUUUGCACGCAUUGAUUAUCGUCGAUACCAACAUUUGCGCAACACCUAAUCUUUAUUUUCUUCGUCUCUGAAUCAACUUGUUAAUCUAACAGCUAUAAGAAGACGACGUUGACAUCAUCGAAAUGAAGUGUGCGCUGUUGUUUAUUACCUUGGCUUCGUGGUCCACGGGGCAGAUCGUCUUUCCUGAUACCUACGAGUUGAUGAUUGCGAAUACAGUCGAACCUCAGACGUUUCAGUCGCGUCCUCAGAUUGCCAAAAACAGUAUUUUGAAGAAUAAUGGCGUCACCGUUUCUGCGUUCAAUUCACCACAAGCACAACCGUCACAAGGAAUGGCAAACAGCUUGAUAUCCAAAGGCAUAGCCCAGUUCGCCUUGAGAGUCGAUGAGGCAGUUUCGACUUUACAGAGCAGAGGAAUCUCUGCAGGAAAUCAAGAAAAUGUGGUAUUUUCCCCGCUCAGUGUCGCAGCUGCCUUAUCUCUGGUGCUUUUGGGCUCGGCUGGAAAAACCUUCGAGGAAGUCUCCACGGUGCUGGGAUUCAACGCUGGCGUUGAUAUAUCAAGAAACUCUGAAAUUGUUCAUCAGAUGUUUGGUAUUCUGCUCAAUUCUAUCAGUGGCACGUCCGGAUUACCCGCUACGCAAUCUUACUUCGCCAGUGGAGUAUUCGUUCGGGACGGUUAUCCAAUCAGGAAAGAAUUUCAGGCAGUGGCCCGAGACGUCUACAAGAGUGAAGUGAUAAAUCUUGACUUCGAGAAGAAUGGUCGUAGGGCUCAGGAGAGGGUGAACUCCUGGGUGAAUGAAAAAACGCGGGGAAAAAUUUCCGAAAUCCUGCGUGAACCACCUCCACCUGAAACGAACGUCAUAAUAGCGUCUGCGCUGUAUUUUAACGGAGAGUGGAAUCAGUUCUUCAUCGAUGGUGAGACGAAAAGGAAACCUUUUACCGUUGCUCCUGGCGAGGUCGUCGAUGUCGAUAUGAUGUUCAACGGUGGAGAAUUUCCCUUCUUUGAGGACAAAGAGCUACAAGCUAAGAUUGUGGGGCUUCCUUAUAAAGGGAGAGAGGUGACGAUGUACGUCGUGCUUCCUUCGAACAAAGGUGCGAACGCACUGCGUGAUCUGGAAAGAAAACUGAGCGCCGAGAGGCUGGAAACUCUGAUCAGAAACAUGGUGAAUAAAACGUGCAUAAUCGGACUACCACGGAUGAAGUUGUCGAGCACAUUGAGUUUAAGCAGUGCGUUGCAGUCGCUGGGAUUAAACUCUCUCUUCGACCCGCUCUCGGCCGAUCUGAGCGUUUUGUCUCCGGGUAACGCACGAGCCUCAUCUCCGCUCCAGAGUAACAAUCAAUUCGCGGUUCCCCCGAGGACGCAGGCAGGCGCAAUCCUAAAUGACAACAUCUCGUUCCCCAAUAGGAUCGGCGAAGGUGGAGAAACCGCAGAACCAAUAACGAUUUCGCCGAGGCGAAACUUCUUCAGUUACGACGACAAAGUCAGUGGUUAUCAUGUAAAGCAGUGGGCGACGGGCUUCAGCAUCAGCCGAAUUAACCAUCGUCGCCGGCGGAGCGCUCGGGGGGCGCAGCGAAAAAGCGCGGCAAAUUCAAAACGCGUCAGGCGACAGGUUCGCCCCAUCGAUCAGGACUUCCUCAAUUACGCCAGCCAGAACCGCCCCUCGUACGGCAUCGAUAACCUUCGUAAUGCAUUGAAGUUUACCAAUCCUGGCCUCUUUGCCGAUGACGUUAUCCAUCGCGUCGAGAUCGACAUUACGGAGAAAGGAACCGAGGCAGCAGCUGUUACCGCCGUCACUCUCACCAGGGACGGUAGUAAGAAACGACUCAUCGCCGAGCGUCCAUUCCUCUUUUUUAUCAGGCACGAACCCACCGGUCUUCUGCAAUUCUGGGGCACCGUUAAUAAGCCAACCCCGAAUUAUCCCAGUGAAAAGUGAAGGACUUAGAAUUAGAUGAGCUUGCGAUUGUUAGACAGAAAUUUGCAUUUUACCCUCUUUUUUUUUAUACAGUCGACUCUUUUCGGGUUCCGGUUACCGAUUCGCUGUCUCGGAUUGUAGGAAUCUGUUGUAUAAGUAUAAUAACUCGGAAAAAGUGUGAAAAAAUCGGAAAUUGGGACAGAAUAGGAUCCUGGAGAUAAUGUAUAAAAUCUCAGGGAAGAAUGCUUUUUCUUCAUAAAAAGGGAAAGAAUCCUCUACUUCUGGAGCAACUAGUUUAAUUUACAUUUUUCGGAGAUCCGUUUCCCCCCGCUUUUCUCUGCGAAGAGAUGAUCUUCACACAUGAAGAAUACCUUUAAACAUUUCGAUAAUUUGGUGAGUUUUUUAAUAGUAAAAAGGAUUUUUAAACAUUAUAAAAUAGAAAAAAAAUGAGUGGAAAAAACAGUUCUUUGCGAUACUUUUCAUCACCAUGAAAAGAGAAGAGUCUGCCAAUAUGUCCGACAGACUUCCGUGAUGAUCUCGAGAACG